GCCGUUGGUAGCCCGUCCUCUGGUUAGCAAUCCCGCCGUCGCCAGCACUGCCCCUCAAGUUUUUUUUUAGCCCGACCCCGCCCUCCGGCCCUGCCCCGACCCUGCAUACUGACCAUUCCAGCGCUCACAAUCACUCCCAACACCAAGGCGCCGGCGAAUAUUCCUCCCAAGACGGACAAGCGUCGCCCGCAUGUUUGCGGCACUUGCCAGCGCUCGUUCGCCCGAUUGGAACAUCUCAAGCGACACGAGCGCUCCCACACCAAGGAGAAACCCUUCGAGUGUCCCGAAUGCUCACGAUGCUUCGCCCGUAGCGAUCUGCUACUGCGCCACCGGCAGAAGCUGCACCAGACCUCGAUCCCCUCGUCACGUCCCCGAAAUCGUCGCGGCUCUGCCAGCGGCGUCGCACCCGGCCAGAGCCGAGCUCGCAAGAAUAGCGUCGCACGACCCAACCCAACUGCAUCCAAUGCACCGGCCACUUCUAUGAGGCCGCGGGCAAACACUAUCAUCCAUAUUGACGGCAGCACGAUGCAGAUGAUGGCUGCUGCGAACACCUCCGUCGUACGAGGCAUGUACCCUAGCAAUACCCAUAGCCGACACUCGAGUCUGGCCGGUUCGCCCAUCCACAGCUUGGACCAUGAUUCUGGUGGCAUGUCAGCCGCCAUGGGACUCCGAGAUGUGCAGCACGGGCUGCCCAAGCUGGAAACGCACACCUUGGGCGGCCUGGAGUUCAGCAACGGCCUCCGGACAGCGCCGCCAAUGGCCGCCUUCAACACUGAAUUCGACCUUGAAGGCUCCCUUUUCGGACCGAGCUCGACGACAAACCCCAAUGCCCUCCAUUACAGUGAUUUACCGCAAUCGAUGGCCUUGGAACAGGCCUCAUCGUUUGCACCGUCCUGUAAUGAGAUACCAUUGAGCCAAACCCUCGACGAGGAUUUUGACUGUUUUACUGGAUUUGAGCAUCAGAUAUUCUUUCACACGAGCGAGAAUCUGGUGGACGGAUCUAGUCCGUCCACCAUCAGCACGAGGAGGAGCACAAUUAGCGAUGUUAUGUUAGAUGGUUCAAUCCACCCCUCGCCGACCGGGACGAGUACGAUGUGGCAACCCUCCGUGAUGGACCCUUCACAGACCCUGAAUCCGUUUGCGAUGGGUCCAAAUGGUUAGGUCUUCCCGGAUCACUUGAAUGGAGCCCCUUUGUCAUAUCAGCCAGCUUCUCACAUCAUCAAUGACCGUUUCGUCUUUACGCCUCCC